CUUAGUCAAACCGCCGUCCUUGGGCAACUAUAGUCAAAGCAAAGCAAAGCUUAAUAGUCACUAUUCCAUAGAGCAUAUAGCUCUACCCAUCUCGCUUCUCCCCGGCUUGGUUGAGACUUCACACAUUCUGGAUGCACCUACACUUCACCCAACUGCUCGCGCUCGUUCGAAGUCUGGAAGUCUUGCGAUGGUCGCCUAUUAGAUAAUUAUAUUGGCCAAGAAUUAUUCUACCUAGAUUGAUACAAUAGCCGAAUCAUUCAAAAAAAAAGAAAGGGAAAAAAUGUUGUCUAACCCGCUUCAACGGUUCUCGCCGUAUCACUCGAUACCGUCGAAUGCCAUCUUGUCAAACACCCAUGUUCCUGGAAGUCAUCUCCAUGCAGCCGGUCUGGAUACCUUCGGCCAUGGACCUCAAUACGCUCUCCAGCACCUUCAACAACAUGUCGGUAUCCACGCUCCUCAUCUUACAAGAGCGCCCCAGCAGAAGCACCGUCAACACCCAUAUGGCGGGCCUGGAACGAGAACAACAGGGUCAUCUGGGCCCAUAAGAAGAAGGAUCAGCAGGGCCUGUGAUCAAUGUAACCAGCUCAGGACUAAGUGUGACGGACAGCACCCCUGUGCUCACUGUAUAGAGUUUGGGCUUGGAUGCGAGUACAUUCGCGAACGGAAAAAACGUGGAAAGGCGUCACGGAAAGACCUUGCUCAACAAGCAGCGGCACAAGCAGCAGCGGCUGCGGGCCAGAAUGGCCAGAAAACACCCGAGCAUAACGACGACAAUGGAUCGAGCACCGAAGGCCGAGCAGAAGAUGCUGCUUCCGCUAAGCAGGAGCAGCAGAAUGCUUCCUCUGACAAGGCCAUGGCCGAGAUUGAUGAGGAUGCUUUGGAGCGUAGUCAGAGGACAGGGAGCCUUGAUAGCUUAGCUGAUUUUGGCUCUCACCAGGCGAACCUAGCCGGUCACUCUCUAGCUCUGGAUAGGGAGCAUAUGGAGAGCCCAGCACCAAUCGACUUUAAUGGAUACGGCAACAUCCAUAAUCCAUUCGACAGGCAGACGAUUAGUCAAUUGAUGGGAAACCCGUCACACGGGGCUUACGGAGCCGGCCAAGGCAGUCUAUCUAACUAUCCUGAUCUUCCGUACGCUCUCCAGGCCCACAGCCCAACCGGCUACUCUUCAAAUGCUCCAGCAGCGUUCCGCAUGGAACCUAGUCCAAUGGGCGCCUAUCAACUCGGCGGUGAUACCGGUUCACCUGGAUGGAUGAAUAUGAAUUCACCACCACCCCAAUACCAAACACAUAUCCCGCAGAAUGCCUACCACCAGCAGUUAAGAUACCCUGUGCUGAACCCUCUUGUACCGCACCUCGGCAACAUAAUCCCCGUCUCCCUGGCCUGCGAUUUGAUCGAUCUAUACUUCUCGAGCUCCUCAUCAGCUCACGCUCAUCCAAUGUCGCCAUACGUGCUGGGAUUCAUCUUUAGAAAGCGGUCAUUCUUACAUCCGAGCAAACCUCGACAGUGCCAACCGGCUCUAUUGGCGAGUAUGCUUUGGGUAGCUGCACAGACAAGCGACGCACCCUUUUUGACACAAGUCCCAUCAGCCAGGGGAAAGAUCUGCCAGAAGCUGCUUGAGCUGACGGUUAACCUGCUGAAGCCCCUAAUCCACACAUCAUCUGGUGAUACCUCACCAUUAUCGAGCCCUACAAUCGACGGUGUUUCUCUAGGGGGCCUCGGGGUAAAUCUUCCCAGCUCUAUGAAUAUGGAGAACAUCAGUGGGGGGGACCCUGGGGCUUUCGGGGCUGCCGGUUCGCUCGACGACGUUGUUACAUACAUACACCUGGCAACAGUGGUAUCGGCGAGUGAAUAUAAGGGGGCCAGCAUGCGGUGGUGGAAUGCGGCAUGGUCUCUCGCCAGAGAGUUGAAACUAGGCCGAGAGUUGGCUCCAAAUCCACCUACGACGACCCAGGACGAGAACGAAGUCGACAGCGCCGGCGACAUAACGGCAGAGCUCGAAAACGAGGGCAGCAGCGGCACUGUUAGCGAAGAGGAGCGAGAGGAGCGCAGGCGGAUAUGGUGGCUUGUUUAUGUCAUGGAUCGCCACUUGGCUCUCUGCUACAACCGGCCCCUAUCUCUAUUAGAUAUCGAAUGCGAAGGUCUGCUCCAGCCCAUGGACGACACGGAGUGGCAGAACGGAAACUUCGGCCCAUUCGCGACAGAUCCUGCUCUGGGCGAUGAGCUGACCGAGGAUGGUGGCCGAGCCCGCGGGCCUCAGUUCAAGUGCACUGGUCACAGUAUCUUUGGGUACUUCUUACCGCUGAUGACCAUCCUGGGCGAGAUUGUCGACCUCCACCACGCCCGUAACCACCCCCGGUUCGGCGUCGGCUUCAGGCCAGCGCGCGAGUGGGACGACCAACAAGCCGAGAUCGUCAAACACCUCGAGAUCUACGAAGAGAGCCUGAAGAACUUCGAGCAACGGCACUUCAACGCCAGCUCCGAAGACAAGAACGAGCAGUCGGCGACGCUCGAGAUGCCCUCCGAGCUAGACCACCUCGACUCGUCGUCGGUGCGUUCCGUACACACCAACACGUCCCGCAUGACGGAAUCCGACAUCCAAACCCGCAUCGUCGUGUCCUACGGCACGCACGUCAUGCAUGUGCUGCACAUCCUCCUCUCGAGCAAGUGGGACCCGAUCAACCUGCUAGACGACAACGACCUGUGGAUCUCGUCCCAGAGCUUCAUCACCGCCACCGGCCACGCCGUGUCGGCCGCCGAGGCCAUCAGCAACAUCCUCGAGUACGACCCGGGCCUCGAGUUCAUGCCCUUCUUCUACGGCAUCUACCUCCUCCAGGGCUCGUUCCUGCUCCUGCUCAUCGCCGACAAGCUCCAGGGCGAGGCCUCCGCCAGCGUCGUUCGCGCCUGCGAGACCAUCAUCCGGGCCCACGAGGCCUGCGUCGUCACGCUGAGCACCGAAUACCAGCGUAACUUCAGCAGAGUCAUGCGCAGCGCCCUCGCCCAGGUCCGCGGCCGCGUGCCCGAAGACCUCGGCGAGCAGCACCAGCGUCGCCGCGAGCUGUUGGCUCUCUACCGCUGGACCGGAGACGGCAGCGGCCUGGCUCUCUGAAUCGGAUUGAUGGAUGACGACCCCGUGAACGUUUCUCUUCCC